AUGUCGCAGUCUCAACAGAAGCUGUGGGCAACACUCGAGAACGGCAUCGUCAGAUUCCCCGCUUUCGUCCAUCUUCCAGCUUCAGCCCGUCCCGAAAGCACGCUUCUGCUCACCAACAACCGCGUCGAAUCGGUCAAGUGCAUCAACCUAUCCGCUCAUCUUGGACCAUGGCAUAUCGUCCCUGACGGUGUCAUUCAUCGUUUUGUUCAGCCAGAUGCACCGUAUAAGAGGCAGAUUGCAAAGCGCUGGGGGAUACAGGAGGAGAGCAUAAGAGCUUUGUCUGUCAAUCUCGACGGACAGAAGGUCUUGAUCGAGACCCAACAGGACUGGGAGGAUUGGACGGAUGCUUUCUUCUUCAGGCCUACACCGUCGUCUUCAAAUCACAGCUCCUCGAACUCCGACUCGAGGGCCAAGAAGGAGUUCACUUUCGAUGCAGUCCACAUCGACGUCAUUGUAGACCUCCCUGACGAGCAGCAAACCGCCAGUGUUUCGGCCGCAGCAGCAGCAGCGUCAACGCAAGAUGCACCUUCAGCUCAAGCAACCACCAGUUCUGGUCCAGAACUUGACUUUUCGACUACAGAGCCAAUCACGUAUUCAGACGCCAUGCUCCUGACUAGUACCGCCGUUGGCACGGUGGCGCGAGCUUUGCAACCACAUCUGCAAGACUUUCCAUCUCUCCGAGGUUUACCGGAGGCAAUUAUCAACACUCUCACGGCACACAGGAGGCCUGCAUCGGGCUCAACUUCCAGUGACGCAACGGUGAUGCCUUCGUCGAACGCUGCCACAUCUUCCGCUGAAUCUGCAUCACCACGACCGGAGAUUCAAGUGCUGAGACCAACUACGGUCCAGGAUCUGGAGACAAUAGCACAGCGACAGUCGCUGAUCCAGGGCAUGGUCGACCAGCUCGCUCGCGUACGUUCGCAACCAUCACAACCGCCGGCACCACGGCAGUCCUCACAAGCGGAAGCGACUCAAACACCAAGUGAGGAUGAAAUGGAGAACGAGUUGAGCCGAGGCUUUGCACAGAUGCUCGCACAGCAGCCAAGCGCUGCCUCCGCUGCCUCCGCUGCCCCAGCUGCUGCUGCUGCUAUGUCCGCAUCGCCUCAGAGCGCCGCAAUGGCUGAUUCUUAUGUCGAUGCAACGUAUUUGUGGGAGCAAGAUGACGAGCCUGUCACCAUAAUUUCGACACCAUCGACCCCUUCUGGCUCCUCGCGUGCGUCCUCCAGUCCCCGAUCUCGCGGUGCUUUCGAAUCGCGUCAUAGAGGCUCGCCGUCGCGCGGCUCGUUCAGCUCUCGGUCUCGAUCCGGCUUCCGUGGACCACGCAGGGGCCGCGCCAGCAGAUACAUGGGCACCACCAUGUUCAUUCUAGCCAUGAUCACCUGCAUCCUCGCCUUCAUCUCCCCAACCCUCGCCUCACCUCAACCUGCCACCACCUCGCUACUUCUGCCCCGAUCAUCUCCUCUCGUAUCACCUCGUCAGAACAGCCGCCACCUCCACCUCUGCAAAUGCACCUGCUUCCAAACAAACUCCACCCUCGUUCCCCUCUACUCCCCAUCCGAUCCUUCCAAACCCUGCCUCACGUGCACGCGGCAGUUCUGCCUAGAUCAGGGGCUGGAAAUGUGCAAAGGCGCAAAACUCGAACACGCAGAUCACGACGUCGGAACCGGUCUAGAGGGUGACGUCUGGGCGAAAUGUUUUGAGAGGGAUAGUGUGGCGGACAUCGGUUCUUGA